GGGCGCGGCGUGUGGAUGGAGGCCGUGGCCCCGGGCCGGGCGUGGCGGGGCUGGCGGCGGGCCGCGGCCGCGGGCGCCCCGCGCUCCCUGGCCGCCCUGCUCCUCCUCUCCGCCCUCCUGCGGGCGCCCCUGGCAGUUGGAUAUUUGGUUCGAUUACCAAGAAGUUUUCGCUUGACUCAAGAUACUGUGAAAAUAGUGGGAUCACCACAUUUUCCUGUGAGCGUCUAUGUCAUGCUCCACCAAAGAAGUCCGCAUGUGCUGUGUGUUACUCAGCAUCUGCGGAACACUGAGCUGGUAGAUCCAUCGUUCCAAUGGCAUGGGCCAAAAGGAAAAAUUAUAUCAGAAAACAGCACUGCACAAGUGACAUCCACAGGAAGCCUCAUAUUUCAGAACUUUCAGGAGAGUAUGAGUGGAAUUUAUACAUGUUUCCUCCAGUAUAGACCUACUGUGGAAGAAAUUGUUAAAAAUCUUCAACUAAAAUAUCUUAUUUAUGCUUAUCGUGAGCCUCGCUUUUACUACCAGUUCACAGCUCGUUAUCAUGCAGCUCCCUGUAAUAGUAUAUAUAAUAUCUCCUUUGAAAAGAAACUUCUUCAGAUUUUAAGUAAAUUGGUUCUUGAUCUUUCCUGUGAGAUCGCCUUGCUUAAGUCUGAGUGCCACCGUAUUAAAAUGCAAAAAGCUGGUUUGCAGAAUGAAUUAUUCUUCACAUUUUCAGUCUCAUCUCAAGGCACUGAAAAAGGAUCCAAGCCAUGUACAGAUCAUAGUUGUGACUCUUCCAAAAGAUUAUCUAAGGCUAAAAAUCUUAUAGAGAGAUUUUUUAAUCAACAAGUAGAAGUUCUGGGCAGACGAUCAGAGCCACUCCCAGAAAUAUACUACAUUGAAGGUACACUCCAAAUGGUGUGGAUUAAUCGCUGCUUUCCAGGAUAUGGAAUGAAUGCCCUUCAACAUCCAAAGUGUCCUGAGUGUUGUGUGAUCUGCAGCCCUGGGUCAUAUAAUCCUCGGGAUGGAAUUCACUGCCUCCGGUGCAACAACAGCCUGGUGUAUGGAGCAAAAGCAUGUGUGUAGGCCAGUGGCACAUGUGGACCAGUGGUUUAUUCAACAAAAAAUAUUUUUAAAUGGUAAAAUAAGUCACUGUUAUGCAAAAAUUAAAUAAUCAGAUUUUACAAAGAAAUGGUAUUAUUCAUUCCAACACUGUAUAUCCACAUACUUUAAAGUUGAGCAGCCUGUCAUUUUUAUCCACUAAUACCAGACCUACAUAUGACUCAUGUAUGUAUCACUGCAUUUUAAAAAUGGUUUCAGAUAUACUACAUCAGGUUAGGCCAAGGGAUUUUAUAGGCAUUUUAGAGAAUAUACCAUUUUAUUUACACUAUACCAUCCCUGCCAUCAUCCAGAAUAUGCUUUUAUAUGAAUUUUAUUUCAUCUUUCUGUAUUGAUUUGAUUUGACUUGAUGAAAUUUUAGCUAUUCUCCCCUGACCCUUCACUCUUUGAAACCUGGCUUAAAGUGGUGUCUGAUUCCUAUUAGCCUCAGUAAUGUAAAACCCAGCCCCAAACAUACUUUUGGAUUUUAAUAUAGCUCAGUCAGUGUGGCUAUCUUAAGCUUUCAACUUAAAGUCUUUUAAGGUGGGCAUGAGGAUCCAAACCUGCAGAUCCAGCACAUGGAGGAUACAGGCAGGAGGAUCAUCCUUGGCUACAUGGUAAAUUUUAGGCCAGCUUGGACUAUGUUAUACCUUGUCUCAGAAGUCUCUUUAAAUUGCCUUCCUGACAUUUUAGAAUGGAGUGCUCAUUAUAAGUCCAUAGACUAAUGCUUUUACUUUCUCACUAGAGAGACUAAGACAAUUUAGUUCCUUGAUAAUAUUUGUAAAAGAAAUUAACCAUCACAAUGUUAUUUAAUUUCCUUCAUAAUUAAAAUGUAUAUGAUGUGCAGAAAAUAUUGCUACAUCACGGAUGCUUAUUCUCACAGAGGUUGGGGUACUAAAUUUGAAUAUGAGGACACAUAAGAUUUAAGUACCAGGAAAGCACAUGAGUACCCUGAGAGUAGUGUACUGUUUCUACUUUCCAUGAUCAUCCAAUAGGUAUUUGUUCCUUCUUCCCUCUGGGGGGGGCAUUCCCUGUUUCUGAAAAGGACACAAACAUUUGUAAGUGAGAAACCUAACAUGGGUGGAUCUAGGCACAGCAGAGCAGCAGGUUGACUAAGCAAGGGUUUCCACUAGUUACUAGCUUUUAUAAAGAAUCUACUGAGUAAGUCUCAUUAUUGGUCACCAUGUAGACAAACAUAACAGAAAUCUCCCAUACAUGCCAAGAGAAGAUAAAUGGCCUGUGGCUAUAUUUUGUUGGCCUUACUGAUAAUUUGUUUUACCCAUUUGGGAUCUCAUCAUCAUGAUGUAAUUGUUUUCUUGUGGAUGAUAGAGGUUUUCUAAAUGCCCCUACCCCCCCCUUUUUUUUUUACUCUGGCAAGUAACACAUUAAGCUUUAUACUGGGUGAAUUACUGUAAGUUCAAGGCAGGGUUUCUUGCCAAGCUAUAUAGGCAGACUUUCAAAUGAAACCUUGCAAAUACUAUGGGGUUGAACAAGGUAAUAUUUAAAGAGCUAAUGAAAGAGAAGAGUUCAUAAGAAUAUAAACAGAGGACAGAACAGGAAAAACAAGGAGACACGAAUUACUAUUUUUUCUUAUUUCACAUUGUGAAAUACUCGUUUCUGUGUUUUGCUGUAUUUCUUAUAACAUUUAUUAUUGUAUAUUUGCUUCAACAUUAAGUUAUACCAGAGUUUUUCCAUAUAUCACAGGAUAUAACUAGGUUUUUAUACCACUUCAAGUUCUAUGAGUGAAAAUAUUUCAUUAAUACGACAAAAGUUGUUCCAGAUAUAAUGCCAGAUAAAAUAUGCAACAUUAGAUACUGUUUAUAUUGACAGCAAUGUGUAUGCUAAAAUAUGAACUCCCUGGAGUGGUGACACACAUCUUUAACCCUACCACUCAGGAAACUGAGGUAGAAGGAACACUGUGGGUUUGAAGCCAACCUGAGACUACUUACUGAAUUCCAGGUCUGCCUAGGCUAGACCUUACCUUGAAAAACUAUAUAUAUGUAUAUACACACACAUACAUACAUAUACAUGUAACAAAACAAUUUCAAGUGGUUUUGUUUACAUUGAAAUAAUUCCUCACUAGAUCCUGCCUUACUUUUUACUGGUUUUUAAAAUAUGAUCUUUUUCCUAAACUCUAAAGAGGGCAAAUAUUCCUAUUUUGUAUUUCUUAGAUUUUUGAUUUUUUUUCAUAACAAUGUAUUACGUGUUCAUUUGGCAGUAUAUAAAAGAAGCAUUAACAAAUUUGGUCAGGUAGUCUCAUUUCAUAGAAACUAUCAUAAAAAGCAAUUAAAAAUCCAGUGAAAUAUUGUGUCCAUUGUUAUUGCCAUGGUAUAUAUAAUAAAGAAAAGGGAAUGCACAUGAAUGACUAAAGAGAAAGGAAUGAUUGAAUAAAUUAAACUACUCCCACAUGAUAGAAUGUCACUGAACCAUCAAAUUAAGUCACAUUUUCAAAUUUACUAACUUAAUUAGGAUUCAAUAUAUAUUUAUCUCUAUAUAUUUAUCUUUAGUGUUGUUAUCUAUAUUGUUUAAAUUUUUAAACAAAUGUACCAAAAUAUUUGUCUCAUGUAAUAGGUCCAUGUGUGAGAAUUU